UCGGCGCUGGUGUGUAGCGAACGAUUAAUGUUCACCACAUUGUCGGCCAAGUUUCCCUGCUGAUCGGAAACACAGCCAUCAUUAUUGCCUUUCGACGGUGUACAAAGCAGAGUCGCCUUUGCCAGUCCACUGCCAACAAUGGCGACACUCGCACCACCAUCAAACGAUACCAGCACCAAAUGAAGCUGACGGUGAGCAUUGGUGAGGAGAAGGUGGAGGUGAUCUGCAUCACGCUCAAUGCCCUGCAACUGUCCCUGAACAUUGUCGUGUACGCCGUGAUCAAUCCCUCCUUUAUGAGAAAGAACUCUGUUCUCUGCCUCAAGGGCUCCUCAGAUGUGUGCAUGGGUAUCUGUUGCUUCCGUGCCAUUGGGCGGAGCUGGCGCCGAUGUCGGACCCGACGCCAGCAGCAACCCACGGCCGAGGAGUGCGUGGUCAGCAGUGUGGCGCCUCAUCAUUUGCCGGCGGACGAGGUGAUGCAGUGUGGCUGCGCGAGCUGUGCCAGCGACUCCGAUUGUCAAAACGAUGCUCACUGUAGAACAGCUGUGGGCACCUUUACGCUAGUGAAGGAUUCCCAAGAGGAACAACAUUCCCACUCCCAUGGACAUCCAGAGCCAGAGGUGUUCACCACCAGAUCAAGCUCCUGCCUGCACGCAAAAGACUCGGCACCAAACGAUGAUUCGAUCUUCAGCUCUAGCUUUAUUAUAAUCACUUAGUAAACGACCAUUCAAUAAACAUUACUUAAGUUA